UAUUGUCAACAUUAUUGUCAGCAAAAAAAGGGGAAACCAAUAUCGAAAUCUCAACAUCAUCGACGUGCAGAAUGGUGGACGAUCAGAAGAGUGCGGAAAUUGUGCUGGCAGGGGAAAAUGCAGCCACAGGUGGAUUGGAAGCACACGAUGUGCAGGGUAACCGCAUGGAAAUGGCCAGGAAAAAGCCGCGCGGAAAAGGUCGACUGUGCAUGAUCUUUCGGCUGGGAAAGCGUCCGCAUUGCGAGUUCACUAACGGAUUUCCGCCCAAGGACUCAAUUACCAGAGAGAAACCUGCAUUGUGACUCGAAAUUUGCCAAAAUACCGAGAAUAUUUCCAUCGAAACAAAUCCCACAAUGCUAUGUAAAUAAUAGAUUUGCCAGUAAGAGAAAUUGCUAUGUUUAAAUACCAUGUAAAUAUGCACAAACGGGU